CUUCGAGCAAACACACCCAAGCACUCAACCAAGGGAAAAACCCUAGCCGCCACCACCGCCGCAAGGAGGAGCCGUCUUGCCGCCGUCCGUCACAGUCAGGGGCUUGUCUCCUCGAGUCUUCGUGCGUCGCAAUCAGGGGAGUUUCUUCCAAGUCUUCAAUCUGUUCGUAGCACAAGUCGCAGGCGCGCCGCUUCUCCCUCGAGCUCGGUGGUCGUCGUCUUGUCGCCAUUGUCUGUCGCCAUCUGUCGCAGUUAGGGGUUUGUCUCCUCGAGUCUUCGUGCGUUGCAGUCAGGGGAGUUCUCCAAGUCCUCGAUCUGUUUGCAGUCCCCGUCGCAGGCGCGCCGCUUCUUCCUCGUGCUCGGCGGCCGUCAUCUUGUCGCCGUCGUCUGUCGCCAUCCAUCCUCCUCAGCGAUCGAAGGUUGGUGAUCAUGAUAGGAAAUACAGGGAAGCUUAGGAUUAAAAAUGGGGAGGAUCAAAAGGGCGUUGUCGUUGAAGUUCAUCUUCAGAGCUGAGUGAGUGUUGUAUCUGGUUGAAGUUUUCUUCAAGCUCAAAUAGUGCGUUGCCCCAUCUCCUAUCUAAUCGUUACCUCAAAAAGCUAACAUGGCGGUGGCACCCUAUAUCACCGCUGAUGCACUUCCUAGUUGCGCCACAAAACUCUACUCAGGGUUGAAACUUCAAUCUCCAAGUAUCCCUAAUUCCCUUGCGUGUAAACCUAAUGUCUCCGCUGAGUUCUACGGAAAAGUUCACAAGAGUCUGCAUUGCGGGUAUGCUAAUCACAAACCAGCAAGGGCACAAAUUCAAAUGAUGCCCAUAGGGACCCCUAGAGUCCCCUAUAGGACACCUGGUGAAGGAACUUGGCAAUGGGUUGAUUUGUGGAAUGCCCUUGUAAAGGGUUAUUGGAUGCAGUAUCGAGAGCGUGUUCUCUUCAUUGGACAAAACAUAGAUGAAGAAUUUAGUAACCAAGUAUUGGCAACCAUGCUGUAUCUUGACAGUAUAGAUAACGCCAAGAGGAUGUAUAUGUACAUCAAUGGUCCUGGUGGAGAUCUUACACCAAGCUUGGCUAUCUAUGACACUAUGCAGAGCUUGCAAAGUCCUGUAACCACCCAUUGUGUUGGCUAUGCCUAUAAUCUUGCAGCAUUUCUUCUUGCAGCCGGAGAAAAGUUCCCGACAUCUAUUAACUUUGUGAUGAUGGUCUGCUGUAUUGUUAAGGGCAACCGCUUUGCAAUGCCUCUUUCCAGAGUUGCUCUGCAAUCUCCAGCGGGAGCUGCUCGGGGUCAGGCUGAUGACAUCCGCAUUGAAGCAAAUGAGCUUUUAAGAAUCAGAGAUUACCUCUUUAACGAGUUGGCUAAGAAAACAGGCCAGCCUAUUGAGAGGAUCACCCAAGACCUGGGCAGGAUGAAACGCCUCAGCGCACAGGAGGCUCUUGAUUACGGGCUUAUUGAUCGAAUUGUGAGGCCACCACGCAUUAAGGCUGAUGCGCCUAACAAGGAGGCAGGAACAGGCCUUGGUUAAGAACUCAGUUUGUCACCCAACCAGAGUACUCAUAACGUUACAGAACCAUGAUUGUUUCUCGUGUUUUAUUUAUCUUUAGAAAUAUGUAUAAUAUUUGAAUAGUUAGAAAUUGUUGGCAAAGAUAAUUGGUUUUUGUUCAGAAAUUGAUGAAUUCCACUUGUUGAAAGCAGUAAAUAAUGCAGUUGAAGCUUUAAGUUCGUAACUCUA